AUGGUGAACGAAGUUACCCCUGCAAAGGGGCCAUUAUCCUCACGAAAACCAAACGAACAGACACAGGAAGCUGUCUCAACACCAGAAUUCGGAAAGCCAACUCCUCUACGAUCCGUUCAACCUACAUCUCAGAUUCCUUUUAACAUUCCCAAAAACAACCGCCCACGAGUCGAGCAUCAUCGUCCGACGACAAAUCGUGUUCCGUCUCAGACCAAUGUGCCCGGUACAACCCAGCAGAGCGCACCGAAACAGUCCUUUGACCCGUUCAAGCCCGUCGAACCAUCCACUUAUACAAGCCAACAACCUAAAUCUUUCUCUAGGACUUAUGACAAUGUUGUCGGCAUCACACGUCCCUCACAGUCAACAUGGGCCACGAAGCAGGCAGCGCCUCCCGUCUUCUCAUCGAAACCUUCAGGACCAGUGAAGAUGACGAGUGCUUCAAAAACUCUACAAAAUUUUAUUGAUCUCACAAAGGGCGAUGAUGCUCCGCCUUCGACUAGCUUUGGACAACCAGCUUACCAGCGGGAGGAAUUUGGCUCUAAUGCAUAUUCCUACAUUGACUCUGCCAAAGCACAAGAAAACAUCAAAGCAUUACUUGAAGGUGCCUUUGAAGAUGAAGAGGAUAAACCUAGGACAAGAUCCAGGAAGAAGAAAAUAGAGGCAGAUAUCAAUGACUUGGCUGCUAAGCUUCAGCAAGUUUCUGUGGGUUCGGAUGACAAGGACAAGCCAGAAGAGCCCAAGCCUGAAGAGGAAGAGGAGGGGGAAGAAGAAGAGGAAAUGGAUGAUGGUAGUAGAGAGGGCUUAAAGGUCAAGCUAUUGCCACAUCAGAUUGAAGGUGUUGCAUGGAUGUGUGAGAAGGAGAACGGGCAAAAGAAGACCCGAGGCAUAUUACCAAAGGGAGGUAUUCUCGCAGAUGAUAUGGGAUUGGGAAAGACCGUCCAAUCAAUCGCCCUGAUUCUUACGAAUCCCAAACCAUCCGAACCGAAAAAUACAAAAGACGCCGAAAAGAGCGACAAGUGUACAUUGAUCGUCGCCCCCCUUGCUUUGAUCAAGCAAUGGGAAUCGGAAAUUGCAGACAAGAUUGAAAAGACUCAUAAGCUGCGAGUGUGUGUCUAUCAUGGAACUGGGCGGACCAAAUUCAGCGCGGACUUGAAGGACUACGAUGUUGUCAUCACAACUUACGGCACACUCAGUUCAGAGCAUGCAGCCUCUGGAAAAGGCAAGGUUGGCUGCUUCAACAUCCAUUGGUACCGAAUCAUUCUCGAUGAGGCCCAUACCAUCAAAAACAGAAAUGCCAAAGCUACUCAAGCGGCUUGUGCUCUCAAUGCACAAUAUCGAUGGUGCCUUACGGGUACUCCUCUGCAGAACAAUCUAGAUGAGCUGCAGAGCUUGAUCAAAUUCUUGCGCAUCAAGCCUUACGACGAACUUGCCGCAUGGAGAGAGCAGAUUACUCAGCCUCUCAACAAUGGCCGCGGAGGUCUUGCCAUUAAACGGUUGCAAGUCUACUUGAAAGCUUUCAUGAAGCGACGCACCAAAGAUGUACUGAAGUUGAAUAACAAUUUGAAACCUGGAGACGGCAAAGCCGAAGAUGGAAGCAACCAAAAAUCUUCUACCGGUUUCCAAAUUGUCAAGCGUGAAGUUAUCAAGGUUGAAGCCGACUUCACACAGGCAGAGGUCGACUUUUACAACCGAUUAGAGCAGCGAACAGACCGAAGACUCUCUCAGAUGAUGGGAGGAUCGAAGCUUGACUAUGCCAGUGCCUUGGUCAUGUUGCUGCGACUACGCCAAGCGUGCAACCAUCCCGAUCUUGUCAAGAGCGACUUGGCAGAAGAUAAGGAUAUCUUAUUGAACGAUGUCGACAAGAACAAGUCUACCAAGAAGGAUGAUGAUCUUGACAAAGUUGCUGAUCUUUUCGGUGGACUCAGUGUCGUUAGUAAGAAGUGCGACAUUUGUCAGGUAGAUCUGACACCAGCAGAGGCAAAGGCUGGAGCUAGCAGAUGCAAUGAAUGUGCAGACCUCGACAUUGAGCUGAAAGCAGAUAAGAAAGAAAAGGCCAAAAAGACGAAGUCUAAGAAGCACAAGAAGGCAACUACCGCACCACAGGAAUCCAAUACCCGCAAAGAGCGGGCUAGAAGGAACCGGCGGGUCAUUGAAGACAGUGAUGCGGACGAGGACGAUGGAGAGUGGGUCGUCCCUAAGGGACAACGACCCUCGACGAACCUUGGCAAGGCUGGAGGCUCUGAUGAUGAGGAUGCCGAGGGUGGAGGAGAGUGGAUCGCGUCUGAUGAUUCCAACACAGAAGAUGAGGAAGAUGAAGUUAUCAGCAUCUCAAGCUCAAACGCUGUAGAAGAUGACGAUGAUGAAGAAUACGAAGAAGAGGAUGAGGAGUACGAUGGACCCGACAUCGCUCCUUCUACCAAGAUUCGAGCUUUGAUUCGAAUCCUGAGAAAAGAGGCACCAGAAUACAAGUUCAUUGUCUUUUCUGUAUUCACACAGAUGUUGGACAAGAUAGAGCCUUUCUUGAAACGUGCAAAUCUUGGCUACGCUCGAUACGAUGGAAGCAUGAGGAACGAUCUUCGCGAGGCCAGUCUUGAACAGUUGAGAAACCGCUCUAGCACACGAGUUUUGUUGUGUAGUCUACGAGCUGGUGCAUUGGGUCUCAACUUGACAGCUGCCAGCCGUGUGGUCAUUCUAGAGCCAUUCUGGAACCCGUUCGUGGAAGAACAAGCCAUCGACCGUGUCCACCGACUGAACCAAACCAUCGAUGUCAAAAUCUACAAAAUCACCGUCAAAAAUACCGUUGAAGAACGAAUCAUCGACCUCCAAGAGCGCAAACGCGAGCUAGCCAAUGCCACUAUUGAAGGAAAGACUGCCGCCGGCAAACUCACCAUGCGCGACAUGAUGGCUCUCUUCGGGCGAGAUGCAGAAGCCCGGUUUGACCACGAGCGUGGCGCGCCGGACCUGACAUCAAAGACGAGACUUCUCGUCUCCAAGAAUGACGAUGAUACGUCUUCGACUGGGACGGGAGGUGUCUGGUCCUUGCCAUCUAGUCAGUCGUCACAGGAUGCUCGACGGAAGCAAGACCGCAAGCCUGGUCGACCAGAUGAUUCAGUGUAUGGGCGGAGAUGGUGA